GUAAAUAUUUUGUAUGCAAAUAUUUGAUUUGGAUUUAUUAUUAGGAGUAGAAUGUUACUAGCUAAAACAUACACUUAAUUUACUAUGUAGACAUUCUUACUAUUGACGAUCGGUUGAGUUCUUAGGAUAAACAAAACAAACAUUAAAUUAAUAAAUACAGCUUAAAAUGCGGUGCUGUGUACCCUUUUGUUACAAUUCUUCAAGAAAUGCCUCUACGUCGCAAGGAAUAACUUAUCAUAGGUUCCCACUAGAGCCUGGUCCUCGUAAAUCCUGGUUGCAAGCGUUAAACAAAGAUGAUGCGAGCCUACCUGCCCGUGCAGUGGUCUGUUCCCAACACUUCUUAUACGAUGACUUCUAUGAGACUAAAACUGGCACUAGGAAAGUCAGGGCCGAGGCUGUGCCUUUAGUCAUACAUGUAUGCUUAAUAUGCCUCGACACUGACAGAAAAAUGUAUCCAUUGAAUAAAUAUCAUUUGAAAGAACCAUACAAAAACUUAACAGGUUUUGUGUUGGAAAAUAAAGAAAAGAUGCCUAAAACAUUAUGCGGCGAGUGUGCGCAAAGACUAAUGAACUUCAACAAAUUCAGGAAUAAAAGCAUGCGUGCACACUCACUUAUGUUGGGCCUGGUCAAAAAACACAAAUCUAUAACAAUACAGAAUAUACAAACAAUAAAUCGUCAAGAACACGAUCUAUCGUCAAACAUAGUUCGAAAACUGUUUGAACCUGAUAGUUACGAUUUAUACGUUUCAGACGACGUUCAGGAAAAUACUACAGUUUUAGACGACAUCAACUUAAAAGACCAAGUAACAGUCAAAGAUGAAAACUUCACUUACACAGAUGAAGAUUACGUUGACACUAAAGAUGAAGUAAAUUUAAAUAACGAAGAUUGCAUUAACGAUGAUUUAAUCGAAGGUAAUUUAAAUAACGGUGUCUUGAAUAACGAAGAUCUGAGUAACGUUAACUUAAAUCACGAAAACGCUGAUAACGACGCGGACUUUGCAGCGAAUAAUGAUUUCAACGAUUACUCAACCGACGACAGUUUACCUUUGGAAACUAAACGCAAGAAAAUUAUGAAGAAAGAAAAAAUUAAAAGCAAAAAAGUCAAAGUUAAAGUUAUCGAACCUAAAAUAGAUCGCAGAAGGAAGCCGUUAUUGAACAACGAUCUAAACGAGACUUUGUUUACUAUAACUGACCUUAGUUUCGAUGAACAGAUUGCAGAUAUUACGAAGAGGCAAGAGUCUGCGAACUAUAAGAACUCCAGGUUCAAAUGCACGAUGUGUUUCAAGGGGUUCCUGGACGAAGAAGCGUACAACGGACAUAUGUCAAGGCAUACUAACCAAUGCGGCGAGUACGAAUGCGAUAUAUGCAAGACGCAUUUCAAACAUCCGCACGCAUUGAGAAAGCACAUUACCGCACACCAUACGCAGAGAUUCAGCUGCAACUCUUGUCCGUACAUCACUACGCACAGACAAACCGCAAGACUGCACGAGAGGUGGCAUAGAGGCACCAAAUACCAGUGCCCCCACUGCCCGGAUGAGUUUGUUAAAUUCACUACCUACAUGGGUCACAUCCGCAUAAAACAUCCUUCCGACUUCGUCUGCGCACUGUGCGGAUAUUCCUUCGUGAGCGAGAAGGGAAUCGAUCUACACAAGAAGCUCAAACACAGACUCGAUGACAGAGAUAUACCAGAGGACGGUCCACUAUGCGAACUCUGCAACGUCCGGUUCGUGUCCGAAGCUGCGUACAAGAGGCAUCGGCAGGUCUCGGCGAAGCACAACGAUGACAUAAAGGAGAAGUCGAAGGGCAGGAAGUCGAGGGAGAUGAAGGAGAAGUCGAAACCGGACUGCUCGGAGAGAAACGAGAGGAGAAUGUACCCAAGUCAGAUAAGGAAGGCUGAGGGGCCCAUAUCCUGUGAGCAGUGCGGCAUGCAACUGGAGGAUUCCAGAGCGUACCACGGUCACUUCAGGCGGCACCAUCCGGACAAGAAUCGAACCAAGUACCCUUCGAUGAAAUCGCCGUUCAUGUGCGAGUCCUGCGGCCGGAUGUUUCAGAGCUACGCGCUCCUUAAAGACCACCGCUGGGUACACACGGGCGAGCGUCCGUUCGCGUGCGACGCGUGCGGGAAGUCCUUCCGUAUGAAACAGCGUCUGGUGGCACACCGGCGGGUACACAGCCAGAUACGCGCCACGUAUGUGUGCAAUCUGUGCGGGAAGAGCUUCUCAACGCACAGCAACCGACAGAGGCAUAUGGUGAUCCACACUGGCCUCAAGCCGUUCAAAUGCGAGAUGUGCGGCAAAUGUUUUAAGCAUUCGAGCGAGAAACGCGCCCACGUGACUUAUGUGCACCUCAAGAAGCCAUGGCCGAAGCGUUCUCGGGGAAAGCGGCGCGCGGACAGACCGGGACAGCUGCAGCCCCAAGGCGCGAUACCUGCCGGUGUGAGCGAGAUGGAUAUAGGCCAGGUGUGGGGCGCUUGUGACCCGAAGCAUCACAGUUUAAACAUGCUGGAAGACAAACCUAUUUAUUAUAAUAACAUUAAGAUAUAAAUUAUUAAUAAUUAUUUUUAUUCGGGUUUUUAUUAAAACUAGCAUUUGAAGGACAUGACUUAAUUGAGACCCAGGUUGUCUGAACAUUUUUUUUUUCAACUCAUUACGGCCGGUUGGCGCAGUGGGCAGCG